CCUAGAUCAUCUGGAGACCCUUUAUAAACCAGGGUGUGUUGAUCCUUCUGCUAAUAUUCACAGAUCACUCAUGGCUUCCUUUCUCAAAGAGAAAAUAACUGGUGCUCAGUCCGACGUCGACAGCAGCAAUGCGAGCAAGUACUACAUUCAAGUCGCUGCAGCAACAUCCUACGAUGACACCAAGGCCAAGCAAAUCAUCAUCAAUGGUGCACCCACAGAACUCAACAAGAAUGCAAAGGUCGCUGUUCGCAUAAAAGAAUAUCAAGGCCUUCCACUCGAUUCCCCGGCUACCUCACCAUACUUUGAUGAUCAUGAACAUUCGAACGACACAUACAGUAUAGCUGUCUCCUGGAUUCCCGAGGAGGAUAUUGAUGCUAACGACUUGGUCUGGGGCAUUGAACUGAUCAACCCAAUCCGCGAUCGUAUACCUGGACGCUUCAUCACUACAGCCUUCAAUAUCGUUAAAGGCUUCAUCGAUUCGAGCUUGAAGUGUGAUCCCGAUGCCGACCAACCAUGGCUCAAUGGACCAGUACUAUGCUCUUCAGCCAUCACUUUCGGUAUUGGUUCAAAAGGCACAUGCGAACUUCCAGCCAUCCUUGCAGAAGGUGGUUUAUCGGAUGACUCUGCAGUGCGACAAAAACACAACAUCCCCACCUCGGACUCACAACGACGCAAGCAUUUCCUCGACGAACAGCACCGCAAAGACUUUGUCUUCGAAAAAGGACGCUGCUACGCUUUCGACUUUCACAACGGCUACAUCGACUGGAAGAACUACGCCCUGAAACUCCCCGGCUUCUCAUUCGGAGUACUGAAAUACAUCAACGACCGAACCCACACAACCAGAUUUGUGCUCAAGAGCCGAUCGACAGGAAAGGUGUGCGUAGCAACAACGUUCCGACUGUUAUACGGCGAAGAGCUGGAAAAGGCAAAGAAGAAGACCGCGGCUGCUGCAACCACACAGACAGGAGCCACGAAACGGAAGCCUAGGAAACUCGAACGGCGAGCAGGGACAAUUGGCACCGCUCCAAGGACCUGAUGCCGGCAAUGUUGA